UUAACAAGUAUUUGUUUGGCGUGCGAUAUAAUUUCUUGCUGCGCUGAAAAUCUAAGCGCAAAAAUGGCCGCUGGCUCUGCUCCAGUGCUGGGAUUGAUAGCCGUGAUGGUAUUAAUGCCCCAAAUUAGUGAAGCGCUGGUUUUCACAUUUUCUAAUCACGCUCAAGGAACCUCCGGCGGCAACAGAUUCGAUCGAGAAAUUGGGCAAAGUGGAGCCUUUAAAAUUAUGGACGACUCCACUAAAUUUAUCUGGAACACCUUCCACCAGCAAUCGGCUAAAGAUAGGAAGAACUUGGAGAAAGUUGCUCUCAUCGUGGAAAGCAUGGACGGCGUUGCGUAUACGAGUGGAAACGAAAUUCACCUGAGUGCAGAUUAUGUGGGCAAAUUCCAAGGGGACGUGAAGGCAGAAAUCAGAGGAGUUUUGUACCACGAAAUGACACACGUGUGGCAGUGGAACGGCCAGGGAAAAGCCCCUGGUGGGUUAAUUGAAGGUAUUGCAGACUACGUGCGUCUCACUGCAGGGUUGGCUCCUUCGCACUGGGUUAAGCCAGGUAGUGGAAACAAAUGGGACCAAGGUUAUGAUGUUACUGCGCUUUUCUUGCAGUAUUGUGACAGUAUUAGCUCUGGAUUUGUUGCCAAAAUAAAUGCUAAGAUGGCUUCUGGAUGGGACGUGGGCUUCUUUCGUGACAUCACUGGCAAAUCCGUUGAUCAGCUUUGGAGGGACUACAAGGCUAAGCAUGCUGUUCAUGUUGCUUCCAGUUAAACAAUAAUUUUAUGAU